CAAUUAUAACAAACAUAAUAAACCCAUUUCUUAACUUUUCUUUCUCUCCAAACAGAUGAUUUCUUCAUUUCUUUCUUCUCUAUAUUUCCAUCCAUCCCUUCCUCUUUCUCUGCUCAAACCAACUAUUGUUCUUUCUCAUGCAGCCAACUCGUCGUAAGAUCUUCACUGAAACAGGUUUAAUCAUGAAGCACCGCAAAAACAGUAACCUUCCCAUAUUCGUUGUAGUUUUCUCCGUGUUUUUGUUUGGAGUUUUCAUGUACAACGAGGACGUGAAAUCCAUAGCCGAGUUCCCAUUUUCAAAGCCCAAAGCUAGUGAAAUCCAUGAUGAACCAUCCAAAGGAGAAAACCCAGUUCAAGAAUCAAUCAACAUGGAGAAAGAAAACGUGGUUUCAUUCAACACAACUGACGAGGAAACGGUUACUACAAAAGAAUCCAUUGUUGUGAAAGAUAAAGUAGAAGAUGAUGAAGAGGAAGAAGAAGAAGAAGAAGUGGAAAAGGUUGAGCUACGCCUACCAGUGAUUGAAGAAGAAGAUGAUGAAGAUGUUGAAUUGCCUCCAGAAAGCUGUGAUCUCUUCACUGGGAAAUGGGUUUUCGACAAUGAAACACAUCCUUUAUACAAAGAAGAUGAAUGUGAGUUUCUUACAGCACAAGUAACCUGCAUGAGAAAUGGAAGGAAAGAUUCUUUGUAUCAGAACUGGAGAUGGCAGCCUAGAGAUUGUAAUUUGCCAAAGUACAAACCAAGAUUGUUGCUUGAGAAGCUGAGGAACAAAAGGCUUAUGUUUGUUGGAGAUUCGUUGAAUAGGAACCAAUGGGAAUCCAUGGUUUGUCUGGUUCAAUCAGUUGUCCCUCCUGGAAGGAAGAGCUUGAACAAAUCAGGGUCUCUCUCUGUGUUUAGAAUUGAGGAUUACAAUGCCACAGUGGAAUUUUAUUGGGCACCAUUUCUGGUGCAAUCAAAUUCAGACGACCCAGACAUGCAUAGCAUAUUGAAUCGUAUAAUAAUGCCAAAAUCCAUCCAAAACCAUGGCAAGAACUGGAAAGAUGUCGACUAUUUGGUAUUCAACACAUAUAUUUGGUGGAUGAAUACUUUCAACAUGAAAGUCUUACGAGGAUCAUUCGAUCAAGGCGAUACGGAAUACGACGAGAUCGACCGGCCAGUAGCGUAUCAGAAAGUCUUAACUACAUGGUCUAAAUGGGUUGAUAAGAAUGUGAAUCCAAAUCGAACCACCGUCUUCUUCAGCAGCAUGUCUCCUCUUCAUAUCAAGAGCUUGGAUUGGGAAAAUCCAGAUGGGAUCAAAUGUGCCUUAGAGACAACCCCAAUUCUAAACCAGUCAAUGCACUUAAAUGUGGGCACUGAUCGUAGGCUAUAUGUCAUUGCCAGCAACAUUACUCAAAACAUGAAAGUUCCGGUACAUUUUAUUGACAUUACAAGCCUUUCUGAGUAUAGAAAAGAUGCACAUACUUCGGUGUAUACUAUCCGUCAAGGUAAAAUGUUAACUCCGGAACAACAAGCUGACCCAGCCACGUUUGCCGAUUGUAUCCAUUGGUGCCUUCCAGGGUUACCCGACACAUGGAAUGAGUUCCUUUAUGCACGUAUCAUUGCUCACUCGUGACACAUAACAGUAUCACAUUUUUCAUUUAUUUUUUUCCUUUUCUUUUUGGGGUGCGGCUCCAUUAACUCGGUCAUUUGUUUUUCUUGUAAACUUUUUCUUCAACAUUUGAUCUGAUAGGGGAUGGGAACAUCAAAAAAAAAGGUUUUG